AUGCGGACGAUGGACAAGAUAAUCGAUGCGGCUACGUUCUUAACAGAAAAUCUAUACGGCACCAAUACGCAAGAAUUGCUGUACUACCACCGACAAGUAUUGCAGCUUGCGUUUGACAGUUUGGAGAAAAUUCUGGAAUCACCCGUUUCGCAACAAAUACAACCGUCUCCCUCUCCAAAUCACGGUGAAACUCAUGCAUACCGAAUCACCACAACAAAUGCACAACAUGGACCAUGGACGCGCGAUGUCCCGUCCUCAGUACCUCCUCAACUUCAUCAUCCACAACCACGCUCACCAGCACGUUCUGAAGUCUGCGUGGAGGCGAGCUUUGUACAGACCCAAGAUAGAUGUGUUGAGAGUAUCAACCAGCUUGACCAUCCACAACAGUCUUCAGAUAAGAUCUCCGAGUUCAUGACAGGGCUUGAAUCCCAGUCCCAAGUGAUUCACCAUUUUUUGAAUCUAACCGAACAUGUGGCAACUGCCAAGGACAAUAAUUGGAUCGGGGACGACUUUUUCAUGAUUGACAUCGAGCUGUCAGAGAGUCGUGUCACCAUUUACCAAAAGUUUCGUGGAUGGCUGGCCAGAUACCUAUAUGCCGAGAGAUACUUGAUUUGGGCAGAGACAACAUAUUCUCAGCCCCGCACAAAAUUUUUGGUAUUGAAUGAGAAAGAUUUCGAAAACCGUACGAAAGGAAGGAUCAAAGAAUACUUGACAACAAUCAACCGGAACGACGAGAAAAAUCAUAGGGCGAUAAAGUAUGGCGUGAAGUAUCACUCAUUUGGGGAGAUUUACGGAAGCCACGAUGUCUGCGCGAUCCUCAGCCAAGUAUUCUCCAAGUUUCGAAACUUGUCUUACCGGCAUUUUCAUUCAUUGGCAGAGGAAAUUCGCAAAUCUUCGAAAUGGUCGAGUCUUGCUAGAGAAAAGGCCAACUGGUUAUCCACGUGCCUGUCAAUUUACAGCCAACAACGUGUGGAAUAUGAGCAAAAGAAUGGUCGAAAACAUUCUUUACCGACCGAGGAAUUGCCUGUGCAGGGCCAGCGCAAACGUACACGAGCUUCUUCAUCCACGGUCAACGCCGAGGCUAGUGCUACAGCAGAUGCCACUGCUAAUGCGAGCCCUGACAAUGCUCCAAUAAAUCAACCUGCACACGAGAAUAUCAACCCAGUCCGGAGCCUAGACGAAGAACCGGUCACCCCUCCUAUCGGAGACUACGACCCUUCCCAAGAUCUUAACUCGACUCCAGAUUUCGAUCCUUUCCAAGAUUUCAACCUAACUACAGAUUUCGAUCCUUUCCAAGAUUUCCACUUAAUCAACACUUCCCAAGGCUUUGAUGUUCUCUAA